AUGGUCAUCCUUGUCUCCUUGGCGGGCUCCUUAUCGCCUCUCUCAUCGAACAUCUAUCUCCCCGCUAUUGAGACCAUAUCCGCUGAUCUGGGUGUGAACGCAUCCCUUGUGGGGCUGACAAUCACCAUCUACAUGGUUGUACAGGGGAUUGGCCCCUUCAUCUUCAGCACGCUCUCAGACACCUGCGGCCGCCGCCUCACGUUCACCAUAUGCCUCGUUAUUUACAUAGCUGCCAACCUGGCUCUCGCUUUUACGCCCAGUUAUCCAAUGCUAAUGGUUCUGCGAGGCCUACAAGCUGCAGGAUCUGCAGCCACCAUUAGCAUCAGCACUGGUGUCAUCGUGGACAUCACAUCAUCAAAGGAACGUGGUGGCUUCAUGGAGGCGAAUGCCGGUAUGCGUAUGACGGGCCAGGCGUUUGGUCCUGUCAUCGGAGGUGCUCUGAACAGCGUAUGGGGGUUCAGAAGCAUUUCUUGGCUGCUGUCUGCCUUGAGCGUGGAGUGA